AUGACCCAGGACGAUGCAAAGUGGAAGCAUCCGGAUUUGCGGAAAGUGCGACGGGUUGGGGGCGGUGGCGCAGUGGUUGAUGUUCCAGUGGAGUACGGAGAGGCGCCGAAUGCACAACCUGCUUGUCCAGCACACGAUCCGAGGGUGGCGGAGACAAAUGGGCAUGUGGCCGAGGAGAUGGAGUCCGGAGGAGUGCCGGUGGAGGUCCAGUGGGGAGAUGUCGUCGAGCUCUGGGAGUAUGAUCCACACCCCGUUUAUGGAACCCGGCCAUCAUCACUCGCCUCUUCUCUGGUGGUGCGUGCGCACACGGGAGAGGGCGUGCACUCCGAUCUCAUUGAAGGAAGCACCCCUUGGGUGUCCCGCUCCGACUGUGCAAGGCUCGUGGGAGGGGCUGGUGAUCCUGGCGAUGGAGACGAUGACAGAAAUGGAUGUGCAACAGAGACAGCACCACUACCACGGUGGACGAGACGUCGGAAACGAAAACGCGACGGUGAUGACCAGACCGCGGACGAUGAAGAAGUGACGGUGGCUUCACGCUUUGCAUCACACUUUCACUAUGUCAUGAUGAGGUGUGCUCCACGAAUGGCUGACGGAAAGACGAUGACACAUGAAGAAGUGGCGGAAGAGCUGGGGCUUGCAGCCAACCAUUGGGCAGGCGAUCAUUCAGGGUGUGGCCAAUCGGGACGCAUAUCUCGCUGCGUGACGGAGGGGUGGGGCAUCGAGACAGCGAUUUACGCGAAAGGAUCGGAGACUCACAAGGCGGUGCAGGAUUGGCUUGCGAAGCGAUGCGGGCCUGACAAGGUGAAAUCGCUGGUGCAUGGUGCGUCUAGUUCCAUCAACGAAUCCUUUCACUCGAUCAUUCUCGAGUACGCUCCAAAAAGGAUUCGGUGUCAGGGAAGUUUUGAAGCAAGAGUGGCUCUUGCUGUUCUACACUGGAACAACUCGAUGGAUCGGCUGGUGACCGCGUACCGCACGCGCCAACGACAGGUAACUCGGAUUCGACGUGGCAACAAGGAUCGGACACUAGGGGCAAUGGAUUGGUCGUGGCUUGAUGGCAUAAUGGAAUCGUGGCUCAAAACAUUGAAUGGGGAGGGAGACGAUGGGACGGAUGGGGAGCCAAUGAGUCCUACUCGACCUGGUGGUGACAUCUCCAACUACCCACGCUAA